GCCCGAACUACCCCGCCAAACACUCAUCCAUCAACCCUCUCCCCAAAAGUUCAGGGGGCCCAGCCCGAUGACAUCAGCUGCUACAGCUGAGCGCCCAGGGCCCAGAAAAAGGCUUUCCUUUGCGAAACCGAAGCCACUCUCCGGAGCUCUCUGCAGCGCGGAGUCGCAGCAUACUGAAAAUGACUGCCUCCAACAUCCUGUCGAUUCCUUUCCGGAAGUCGACCCAGAUUUCGCUCGCCCCCUCGAUCCGCCAGUAUAUCUCGAAAAAGUAUGAUCAGCACCCGGACAUGUUCCGCCAUGACCUCGAAACCAUCGACGCCUUGCGCCGGGACGCCGUCAACUCGCGCGACGCCCACCCCAGUGGCAUCAAGAGGCUCCAAACAUACGCGGGACAACUGGUGUGGAUGAGCGGGAAAUUCCCGAUCGAUAUUGGCGUCGACUUCACCUGGUAUCCCGCGCUCGGUUACCACACCGAACACCCCCUCGUGCAGAAUAACCUCAAGUAUGAGCUCAUGAAUAUUCUCUUCAACCUCGCCGCGCUAUACUCGCAGCUAGCCGUGGCCUCCAAUCGGAGCAACACCGAGGGACUCAAAACCGCCGCGAGCUACUUUUCGCAAGCGGCAGGGGUUCUCAACCACAUGAAGACCGAGAUUCUUCCCGAGCUACGGAUGCCCAAUCCUCCUGACGACAUGGAUGAGGCAACGUUGGAGUCUCUGAUUCAGUUGUUCUUGGCCCAGAGCCAGGAGUGCUUCUGGCAGAAGGCCGUGAUGGACGGGUACAAGGACGCCUCCAUCGCCAAGCUGGCGGCGCGCGUCUCGGAUCUCUACAACCUGGCAGGCGAUGCGGCGAUGCGUAGCGAGGCCAUCAGCUCGGCUUGGAUCCACCACAUGAGCGCGAAGCACCACCACUUUGCCGCCGCCGCGCAGUAUCGUGCCGCCUGCGAUUGUCUGGAGAAGAAACGGUACGGCGAGGAGGUGGCCCGGCUGGCUGAUGCCAUCGCCUGCGUCAACGAGGGCCUGAGGGAGUGCAAGGGAGGCUACAUUAACAAGGCCGUCGUGGAAGACCUCCAGGGUCUCAAGAAACGGUUGGAGAACGACUUGAAACGGGCCGAGAAGGACAACGACGUUAUCUACCUCCAGGUUGUUCCGCCAAAACCGGAGCUGAAGAUUCUCGAGCGUGCCAACAUGGCCGUUGCACGAGUUCCGCCUCAGGUCGCCAAGCCUUAUGAGUAUCUGGGAGACCACGCCGAGUUUGGGCCCGCCCUUUUCACCAAGCUUGUCCCAUUUUCUGUCCAUGUGGCCGUUUCGAUAUAUGACGAGCGGCGGGACCGCCUGGUUAACAACAAUAUUGUCGCCGAGCUUGAGUCAAUGACGGACAAACUGCAUGAAAUCCUCUCCAGCCUGAAUCUGCCCGGUUCACUGCAGGCGCUUGAAAAGCCUUUGGGUUUACCCGGCACGCUUGUCCAACACGCCGACGAGAUUCGCCAAGCAGAUGCCAUCAACCGGCUCCAGCGUGGGCUCACGGAUAUUGAAAAGCUGUGCGCGAGCGACAAGAUGAUAUUUGAAGAAGGAAAAGCGCUUUUGGCAGCCGAAGAAGAAGAAGACAAGAAGCUGCGGCUGAAACAUGGUACCCAGCGCUGGACGAGGCCAGAAUCUCGGCUAGAUCCGAGUCGUGAUGGCGGGGCGAGGUUGUGGAACCAAGCGGCCGAGAUCGACGGUUACUUUGCAUCCAGUACUUCUAGCGAUGCAGUGGUGCGAGAGAAGUUUGCUGCCGUCAAGGAUACGCUGGCCAUCCUCGCCGGUCCUGAUAGGGGGAUCAUGGACUACAUCCCGAAUAGCAGGAAAACCGAGAUUCCCGAGGCCCUCAAGCCAGCCAUAGGAAGGCUGAGAGGAGUGUACAACGAUAUUUUACGCCUGGAGUCCCGAAGGAGAAAACGGGUCGAAUCUCUCAGGGCCAGAAGCCGAGCUGAUGACAUCAAAACGGAUAUUCUUGAGGAAGCAGCGCGCCUGGAGCGUACAUACCCCAACACCCCCAUCGUGCCGGCGCAUUUUGAAGAUUUCUUCGACAAGCGCCUGGACCGCUUGUACGAGCCCGAGCUUGAGGUGGUAGAGAAGGAGCGUGCAGAUCAGGAAAAAUUAGUCGCAGACCUCCAGCGCGCCAACCGUGAAUUCGAGGCGCAAAAGAGAAGCAUAGGGGAGAAGGGGAAUCAUGAGAGGGAAAAAGCGCUACAGCGGCUCGACAGUGCGUACUACAAGUACAAGGAAAUCGUCAGCAAUGUCGAGGUUGGGAGGAAGUUCUACAACGAUCUGAGUAGGAUCGUGGAAGCAUUCCGCAACCAGGCGCGCCACUGGGUCAACGAGCGGAGGAAGGAGGCGCGCGCCCUGGAAGAUGAAAUAUCAAUGCCGCCGCUUGCAUCCCUUUCGCUCGGGCCCCCGCAGUCGCCACAGGCCAAUUCGUACCAGAGCCCGAAUCCAGCCUCCUACUACACACAGACACAGCCCCCGGAACCGCGUCAAAAUAGUGCCCACGCCCACCAGAGCCCGCCACCUGUAGAGGCGCAGAUCCAAAGCUGGGCAGACAAUGUCCAACAGCAACAACCUCGGCCAAAGCCACCCGUCGCUCCCGUGGCUGCCAUGCAAGGUGCGUGGACGCCAGAAAUGGGAAUAAGAUUCUCAGGGCCUCCCGCUGCUGGGGUGAACAGCGCUCCGGCGGCUGGGAGGCAAGGUAGUGGAAACCCUCCAGUAAGAGGAACAUGGGAUCCGAAUUCCGGGAUUCGGUUUGGUUAGAAAGGCUGGGGCUUGAAAUUAGGGCGCGAUGUCAAAGACGGCUUGGUUGUAUGUACUGCCGCAAACUGGGAGAAACGUGCCUGGUA